AUGGCUAUUACAGAACUCAAUAGUACAAGCAACGCCAGCGUUGCUUCUCAAGAGAAAGCAUCCAAAACGAAAAUCAUCUAUGUGGGUUUGCUUUUCCUUCUUUCAUUAUUAUCUUUCUUGUGCCAGACCGAGUUCACCUCCCAGGCAUACAAGCUCGGAUUCAAGGAGCCUAUCAUCCUUUUACUUGUUACCCACGGCUCAUGGUGGACUUUGUGGCCUCUUCAGGCUUUUUUCGUUUCCGUGGGUAGAACCAUCGGCAAGGCUAAAAAUAGCAGAGGCGUACGCUAUGAAAGACUAAAUUCUAAUGCUUUCCUUUUGGAAAACGAGGCCGGUGCUCCACAGGAGCCCAACUCGCCUGUCUCAAAGUUCCACCCAUGGGGCUACUUCAAAAGAUGUAUCGUGAAGCAAGUGCAUAACGUCUACCAUUCCUCUAUCUUGGUGUAUGAGCCUAAUGUCAAUGGAGACAGAAGUACUAGCAACUUGGGCGCUUUGGUGGAGAAGAACCCUCACAUCUCGUCAUCCAGUUCAGUUUCUGCGUGUAUUCGUUCCUUUGUUGCAACUCCGUCAUUCAAAUAUGUUGCCAUCAAGGUGGGUUUGAUCUCCUUGGUUCUCAACUUCGCAGGUUUCACUUGGUAUGGUGCUAUGUCCAUGACCUACGCGUCUGACGUGACGGCCAUCUACAACUGUUCUGCUUUCACAGCAUAUGCCUUUGCCAUCCCAAUGUUGAAUGAAAAAUUUUCGUGGCUUAAAGCCCUGUCUGUGAUUAUCGCAAUUGCAGGUGUCUUCGUAGUGGCUUAUUCAGGCUCGGACUCUUCGUCGGAUGCGGAGGAACAAUACCCUUACAGAUUCUGGGGUAACCUAAUUAUCUCUGUGGGCGCCGUCUUGUACGGUUACUACGAAGUUUUGUACAAGAAGUACGUGUGUGUUCCUCACCACUUGUCUGUCGUUGUUACACCUAGACGCCAGCUGACUUUCUCCAACUUUGUCAUGUCACUCUUGGGCGUAUUCACUGUGCUAUUCUUGCUCGCGUUGGUGCUCGUGAUUGAACUCUUCCACAUUCACCACUUCAACGUUUUCGACUACGGUGAGAAGACGGGUAUUAUUUGGUUGUAUAUUUCUGGUUCCAUCGUCUCCAACUUACUAUUCAGUGCUGCAUUCCUUUCCUUGAUGGCCUUAACCUCGCCCGUGUUGUCAUCAGUGAGUUCGUUAGUGACCAUCUUUUUGAUUGGUGUGGUUGAAUGGGUCAUGUUUGGUAAUGCGCUUAGCGUCAUGCAAUUGAUUGGUGAUGCGUUAGUCAUUGUGGGUUUCGUCAUUCUUACCAUUGCGUCCUGGAAGGAAAUUAGCGAGGGUAAUGAUGAUGACGAAAUCGAAUCUGCUUCGCUAUACUCGUUUGCUGCCAGCGAGGAUACUAGCAACUAG